UUCAUCCAUCCGCACUCCCCGUUCUUCCCCGCUGCUGGAUGGUGCGUUAGGAGCGCACGCAGCGCAGGACGGCACCGGGGCUUCCCUUCUGUCCGAUGGAAACGGGCUGAGGAGGCUCCAGAUCCGGCUCAGAUCUCCUCCAGGAUUCUGCAGGAAGGACUUCGCUUCUGCUGCUGGAGGAAACACACGAGAGAGAGCGAGAGAGAGAGAGCGAGAGGGGAGAGACUGGAGAUCCUCCAUCAUCCGAAGGCCUCGUGCACCUUUCCCAGAGUGCGUUGCUGGCAUUGUGCUUAGCAUGUACGCUCACAAGAGUGUGCAGCUCGUCUAGUCCAGAGGACCUUGCGGUGUGUGUUUGUUUGCGUGCAUACUUCCGGUGCCAGAAUGAGUUUGGUGGGCGCAGAGCGUCGCAGGCCCACGCCGGCCCAGACGCCCGAGGAGAGGGAUGUGUGGAGGGAUGGAGGAAGAGCUGGCUGGAGGGAUGCGGGGAGGGAGGGCUGGAGAGAGGGAAGGGAGAGCGGCGUGGUGCAGAGCUACAGCUUCGACUCGUACCAGCUGGAGGAGGAGGAGAUCAGUAAAGACGCCCCAGAGCGAGGAGUGCUGGCUUUGUCCGAGCCCGACUUUGAGGAACCAAUCCCUGACGACCGUUACCAUGGCAUCUACUUUGCAAUGCUAAUGGCUGGAGUGGGUUUCCUGCUUCCAUACAACAGUUUCAUCACUGAAGUGGACUACCUGCACCACAAGUUUAAAGGGACAUCCAUAGUGUUUGACAUGAGUCUUACGUACAUCUUGGUGGCUCUCUUGGCUGUCAUCCUCAACAAUGUGUUGGUGGAGAGACUCAGCAUGCACACCAGGAUCACUGUAGGUUACAUCUUAGCUUUGGGGCCGCUGGUCUUCGUCAGCGUGUUUGACGUCUGGCUGGAGAAGUUCACCACCAGGCAGGCUUAUAUCAUCAACCUGGUGUCGGUGGGAGUGGUUGCCUUCGGAUGCACAGUGCAGCAGUCCAGUUUCUAUGGUUACAUGGGGAUGCUGCCCAAGAGGUACACACAGGGGGUGAUGACUGGAGAGAGUACAGCUGGAGUGAUUAUCUCCUUGUCUCGCAUCUUCACCAAGCUGCUGAUCACUGACGACAAGAAAAACACACUCAUCUUCUUCCUCGUCUCCAUUAGCAUGGAAAUGCUGUGUUUCCUGCUUCACCUGCUGGUCCGCCGCUCCCGAUUUGUCCGUUAUUACACCAGCAGCGCCCAGGGCAAAGGCCCCGGCAAAUGUCAUGACCCAAGGGACAACGGGACCGGGUACAAGGUUCACCACGACGUCACUGCAGAGGAAGUAAGAUUUGGAAACGGUGGGACAGGAACGUCCACCACAGAAGAAGGCAUUGAGGACUUUGUCGGUGGUACCUAUGUGCGAUUUGACGCCCCAAAAGCCAAAAUAAGGAAAAGCUGGCCUGGUGUCCGCGACAUGAUCCUGCAUCGUUACGUGGUGUCCCGUGUGAUCUGGGCCUACAUGCUGUCUAUAGCCGUGACCUACAGCAUCACUCUGUGUCUGUUCCCUGGCCUGGAGUCUGAGAUACGAAACCCCACCUUAGGGGAAUGGCUCCCGAUCCUCAUCAUGGCCACCUUCAACAUGUCAGACUUUGUCGGCAAGAUCCUGGCUGCGCUGCCGUACGACUGGUCCGGAGGUCGCCUGCUCUUCUUCUCCUGCCUGAGGGUGAUCUUCAUCCCUCUGUUUGUCAUGUGUGUGUACCCGGCCAGAGCCCCCACGCUGUCCCACCCCGCCUGGCCAUGCCUCUUCUCCCUCCUCAUGGGAGUCACCAAUGGAUAUUUCGGCUCCGUGCCGAUGAUUCAGGCUGCUGGUAAAGUGCCGCCUGAACAGAGGGAGUUGGCAGGGAAUACUAUGACAGUCUCCUACAUGACGGGCUUGAUGGUUGGCUCCGCUGUGGCGUAUGCAGCUUACAGCUUCACCGCUCCAGCAACAGGAAGCAGCUUCUCUACACUCAACAUACGCACACCUGCCAACGCUACAGGGUACUGAACGUCUGCAUAAAUUAAAAAACAGAUGCACAGAAUGGACCUAGUACAUAAUGCAGCACGACCAGCCAUUUACACUUGCAGGACUCGACAAAAAACGGAAGCAAAAACUGACAUUUAGUGUUAAAACUCAGAUUUAUCCACCCUGUCAUUGUCCAGCUUGGCGAUCCGGUGACUUUCAAACGUCUGCUGUGAUGAGAUUCCCCGAAGGAGCAGAACAGGAGCUGUGCAUCUGCCAGUGGGCCGACAUAAGGCCUCCGAGUGCCGCACGGUGAAAUUACUGUCUGCAUAUGUGCGAACAGAUCGUCUGACAUUUGUACAGUGUAAAGUCAAGUGAUAUUUUUCCUGCAGGGAGGGAACAGCUUCUGGUUUCAAAGGAGACCUUGUGUCUUAGGUCACAUAUGUUACAUUUCAUGAUUCCUCAGAACUCUUGCUAUUCAGGGUAUAGAGGCGGGUUUAGAAUGAAUUCUCAGAUAAAGAGAUCAAGAGUUCCAUUUAUUUUAUUUGGGCACCGUCACCAAAUUUCUCUGAAUGCAGGACUUGAUGCUAAAAGACCUUCAGUUACUUUCCCAUCAAAAAUGGAAGUUGUAAUCUUCUGUAAUGUGCCAUAUUUAUGAGUCUGAUGGAAUAUAUGGUAUGUAAAGGAUUCAAAAAGUUUGGAAAUGACAUCCAAAGACACUCUUCUGACCCAUUAUAGGACAUGUUAGCCAUUAAUUAGGGUUGGAUCGAGGUGGCAGCAGGGUUUCCAGCUCAUCUUUGGGUAUAAUGGGCUGUUCCCAGGCCAGAUGAGAUAUGUAAUCCAUCCAGCGAGUUCUGGGUUUCCUCAAAGUUGGACGUGCCCAGAAAACCUUCCCAUUCAACGUCCUUAUCAGAUGGUGAACCGCCUCAUCUGGCUCAUUUUGGAAUUCUGGACAUGGGGACAAAAUUUUCCAAAUGACCAAAGCCUUGAUCCUUUUUAACCUUUUGAUGGGCAGUGUGGGUCAGGAGAUACCUAUUUUCCAUUGGAUUUGGGUCACUUUUGAGCCCUGUUGCGCAUCAAAGGGUUAAGGGUCAACCAUAGACUUUACCUGGUCGUAGCAAGUUUUAUAUAAUACCAGCUGGUGGUUGAUUGGAAACAUUUCUGCUUCACAGCUCAAGAGUGGGCAAAAAAAUGUGUUUUACGAUACGAGGAAAGAGAGUGAAUUCGAAUUUUAGCAUCUAACAGGAUAACUGAACAGUGAACAAUAUCACAUGGAAUUAGCACUUAGAAAAGCCACUUUUUUUUGUUGUUUUACUUUUCAGUCAUUUAAAAUACUGUACAAAUGUCAUCCCAUCAUAUCAUAACUGUUCCUUAAUUGGUUUCCCUUGUUAAAAUUGUUCAAUCGAUUAGAAGUCUAAGGUGUAAGUGUGAAAACAAGGACAGAAGAGGCAGGUUUCUGUCUGUUCCAUGAGUUUUACAUCACUUCUUCCACCCUAUGAUGGCUAAAAAAAAAUGUUAGUAUGAAUUUCCCAGAGGAGGUGGAGUAAUAAUGGCUGUGUCUUGCUGUAGGUUUUUUUCUGAAAUGGUUCGUGUCUCCUCUGUGUCCUUCUGAACAGUGUCUGUGUUUAACGUCUAUGUAACAAUGCAGGAUGUGAGGGAGAAAAACAUUUUAGUGCCAAAACGUCUGCCUGUAAUGAUAAAGUGUUAUUGGCUGGAAAAAAAAGAGUGAAUGUAAAGUUGUAAAUAUACAGAAUGAAAUGCACUCAAAGCAGUAAAGAGCUUUUAUUUUCACUAAUGCAAAGCCUCUAGAAAAUAUCAGAAUCAUAUCUUUUGUAGCUGUAUUUAGACAAACUGAUCGGUUUUAUUUAUUUCAGCGGCGUCCACAGGUUCUUAGUUCCUCCGUGUUGGAUUUUUCAGUGGUAAGAGGAGAGUUCACGGUUUAUACAUUAUGAACAAAAACAAGCCUCAGCGUAGAACCCAUGCAGUGCUCUGUAUAAUGCAAGCGGCUGCCUGAAUCGAGCCUGAUGUUGGCAUGGUUUGAAGAAUGGUCUGGUGCCAUUAGGGAGCUGACCUCAUUACUGUAUGUAUGUCCCGCUGAGCUGAGGGCACCACAUUUCCUGAGGCCUCCCAGCGAGCUGCUCGGCUUGAAGGUGUUUUUAGUUAUUUUUGAUCAAAUGUGUCAUUAAAGAACACGGAAAGUCUAUUUCCUUCUACUUCUUACUCUCCGGUAAAAGCUGCGGCCAUUUUGAGAGGAGGAAGGACUCUCCAAAGAAAGCAUUUUUAAGAAGACUUUAUGUUAAAUUCAUACCUCUUGACGUGCUGGAAGAUUCACUUUCUUGCUGAGAGUUAGACAGAAAUACCAAUCUCUUGUUUGUGUAACUAUGAAACUAGCAGUCAGUCAGCUUUGUAUAGAGAGAGAAAACAGCUAGCCAAUUCCCAGUUUUACUUUUAGCUGAGCCCAAUCCCACAUCAAACCUUUUACUCACUGUGGGCUCAUUUUUCACGGCGGUAUAAAGUCCUCCACCCACAUGGAAUCAGCACAGCCAUAGAUAGAGGGAGUCCAAAUGUCCUUCGUGCAGUAUGACACUAUUAUAAUGCCAUAAAUAAUAGAAAAAGACAGGAUGAAGUAGAUUUUCUUAGACUAAAUGUUUUACAAAACUUAAAACAGAAAAUGGAAUCAACAUUUACAACAUUUCUUCACUUGCUCACAGAUGUUAUCAAUGCUAGAAAAAAGGAGGCUCACCAUGCUAUUUUAAAACCUCUUCAAACAAGGCUUUUCACACUACUUUGCACAUCAAUUCUAGAAAGAUUUUUUUGUUUGACCGCACUGAAUGCAUCUUCCAACAACUUUUUGAGAGCGUUUUCCUUUGUAUACCUUUUUUGAACCAUGUUGUGUUUCUUAAAUGCUUCAGAAGAAGUCAGCUGGACUUCUUCUUUGGUUCUUGAAGACAUUUCAUUUUUUAUCCAUGAGGCUUCCUCAUUUCUACGUGACUGAUGGGGAGUCCCAUCUGUUCCCCAGAAUCACAUGGCUAAUGGCCCGUUAAAGACUGCCUGGGUUAGGGUUAGGAAAGGGAUGACUGUGUGUUGGUACAGAUGGUAAUACUAUGUUAUACACCAAUCAGCCACAACAUUAUGACCACUGACAGGUGAAGUGAAUAACAUUGAUUAUUGGUACUAUGUGGUGUUCUGCUGGAAAACCUUGGAUUCUGGCAUCUGUGUUGGUGAGACUUAGACACCAAAAUAAACCUUGUCCCAGAACAAACACACUCAUUCAUGCAGAUGGAAAUCCUAAAUGUCACGGACCUAAUCCACCACAUUGCAAUAACAUCAAACAAUCAGGAACACAUUGAGGAACAUGACAAUCGCCCAAGAUGUUGAUUUGACCUCCAAACUUCCUAGACCCCAUUCUGAUCAAUCAUCAACAAGAUGCAGUGGAAUAAGUUUGAUUCCCAGAGAAACCACUGCACAACCCAGAGCACCCAAAGGAUCCUCUGCCAACGUCCUGUCCCCAUAGGACACCCUGAGAGGUCUUCUGGUCCAUGCCCAGUGGUUCAGAGCAUUUUUGACGACUUAAGGGGGACCAACACUAUAUUAGGCAGGCGGUCAUAAUGUUACACCUGAUUGGUGUAAGUACCUGAAAUGUGGUGUCUACGAUCAGUCAGUUUGAACUGAGAAAGUCCAUUUGUCUUUAGUCUCACUUUGCCAGCCCAUAGUGCGUAGUGUAGCGCUCUAACUGCACUACAAUAUUAUUCUGCUAUAGGGGAAGAAAAGUCUCUACCAAUCAAAGUCAUUGUGGGCGGGGUUAAGUGGAGGAUGCAGCUUAAGGUGUUCACUCAAAAAAGCCAAAUCUGGAAUUGUGAUGGAACAUUUACAUGCAGGGAAACCAGCAUAGUGAUUAAUCUUUUUCAGUGCUGCAACUUGUUGUUGUUUCCUGAGGUCAACAAAACUGUAAUCCAAUGGUAGCAUAAGACAGCAGAAUGCCGACUGACAUUAUCAGCCAAUGACAGGCUUAUAUCCGCAGACUGCAUUCAGUAAGUCGGACUCAGUUCUCUUUGACUGAAGUACUUGCCAUGACCCGGCUGACUAAGAAUCUAAACAGAUACAUGCCGCAUUUUUGAAAAAACAGAUUACGUGUUCCAUUGUCCUCUCAGUCUCUUUUGUUGUUGAAUUUUUCUCAUGUGACUGUUAGUCACAGAUGAGUCAGUCAUGGCUUUUUUUGUCGUGGGCAGAUUUUUUAUUUUUUUUUAACACAUUCAGGUGCAAAUGGUUUAUUUUUGGUGAUUUAAAAAAAAAAAAAGAGACGUAGAAUAAAAAUAAUUUUAAAGAAAUGUGACAACUUUGAGCUUGAAUUUGGUUCAUUUUUCUGUCUUAAACCUGCCACAUGUAUUUUCAAGGACUGUCAUGAAGUUGAAAAUCUGACGGUCUGCUCUUGGUUUUGAUAAAUGGUGUCAUUUUCUUGCUUUUUUAAAAGGUUUUGGGGCUCAGAGGCUUAGGCUAACUGUUUUCAGUCUUUGUGCAAAGCUAACUUGAUCCCAUUUCCAGUUUCAUGUUUACCGCACACGUCUAUCCUUCUACAAGAAAGUGAAUAAAUGUUGAAAAUAAGUCAUUCACUGUUGCAACUAAUGAUACCUCUGAAAAAAAUAGAGCAGCAAUGGAGAAGAGCUGCUCAUCGAGUGUAAUUUUCUUGAAAACAUAGUUAUCUGUCAGUGGAAUAACCUGUUAAAUGUUGAACUGCGCAGUGGAGAAAAUGAAUUAUGACCACAAUCACUUUAUCACUAACCUUAUUAAUAAUCUGCUGUAAGAACAACUGUAUUCACACCCAUUCAUCAUUUCAUAGACAUAGUUUUGGCUGAAGCGGACACAUUUUCAAAGUGAGUUAUGAUGACGGAGAUCAGCAGGAAUUACAGACUGAAGGUGGCUGAUUGCUUUGACAAAGACAGAGCCUAAAAGAGAAAAAUGUCAAGAAAACACAAAGUAAGAGGCAGAAUUCAUUUUUGGUGGUAAUUAGAGUAGGUUGUGCAGCAGAAACUAAACGUACUUAUAAGUUUUUUCUGCCUCUGAUGGAAGAUGGAAAGUGACUGUAGAGUGGAAUGAUGUUCACAUCUACAUGGAAACACAAUGACAUGUAAAAAACCACUCUGAGGUUGUGAUAUCUGCCAGCCUGCCGUGUGACUUUCACUUUGUGUUUUUAAAUGCUGUGAUAACGCUCAUUUUUCUCACCACUAACAGCAAAGAAUUUCUCCAUUUUGUACUAUUUUAGACUGAACAUGUGACUGCAUACUGUGAAAUGUUACAUACAGAUACUGUGUAAAUACUGUAAAAAAAAAACAACAAAAAAAUCACUGUAAUAUAUUUUACAGAUGACAUUUGUUGGAAAAAAAAGAAUAGUUUAAGAGCUUUACGGAUCGUUACGAAGGACCAAAUGAAGAAUUUGGUGCAGUGAACUAAAUUUAAUCUUAUUGCUGGUGACAUAAUUACAUGAAGUUUGGGUGUUUAAUCAUGUUUUCAUGCAAACCUGUUUAGCUUAUUUUCCUGUUUCCUUCCUGGUUUCAGAAUCUGAUAGGGUCAAUCAGGGCUGGAUGCAAAUUUCCGCUCUAAAUAUUUAAUUACUUACACUUUUUAUACUAAUAUUAACUGAAUAUUAACUAACAUCAUCCUCUAAAAUGUAAAGUUCUGAGAGAAAAAGGGAAAAAAUGUCAAGUUACAAUAACUGAAACUGCAUUUAUUAGAUUUUCUUUUCUUUUUUUUCUUUCUUUUUUUGUCAAAAAACCUGGAUUUCACUAAACAGUGUGUUUGGACCCAACAUCAGCAACACUCAAUAAAACAGUUGUUUACA